UGCUGCUGGGGGCCCCCCUGCCCAGGACUUCACACUGCAGUCCCUGAGCCCUGGACGCUUGAUGUGGGGCGGGAAGAGACUUACCCAAAGCUGCAGCUGCUUCCCAUUUCUCUCCCUGCCCCGUGCUGGGAGCGUGACCAUUCCCUGGGCAUCUUGGGAUGCGGUAUUCACUCUCCCACCUUCUGUGUGCGGCCCUCCGCGUGCCUGGGCAGGGGACGGUGCCUCGCGGCAUGUCUCUUGGGGGAGAGGAGGGCAAUCGUGUGGGAGGGAAGCAGAGGGUCCUGAGACCUGGGGGCUGAGGGGGCCUGGGCCUCUUCUAGCAGCCACCACAUUGCCCUUGUCCUUCAGCUUCCUGGUGUCCCUAGUGUCCCCACCAGUCUCAGGGAGACUGCUGGCCGGUACUGAGGGGAGGGAGAGGGAGCAUCUAGGCCCGCAUGAGGACUGGACCCUUUUUAACCCGCAGCCCAGCCUGUUAGCAGGUGCUGGGCUUCCACCCCAGGCUGCCAGCUAGGGAGCAUGUGGUGAGGGCGUGGCCGCACUGGGCAGGGCUCAGGGUUGGGGUUGGGGGCUGGUAGCUAGAGGAUUGGUGUUUGGGGAGGGUUCCUAGGGAAGCUGCGUAUCUUGCACACACCUGGGGACUUUCCUAGCCAAGGCCUAGAGCUUUGGGCCCCAGGCCUCCCUGUUCACAGUGGCUUUGGGUUCAGGGUUCCCCUGCUUUCAGGGGGCCCUAGGAGGGGCUCCAGCCCCUGCCAACCCUCCUCACAGCCCCCCACGUUCCCCAUUCUCUCUAUUCCCUGCCAUGGUCUCUUUGGUGCCUCUUGCAGGCUCCUCCCAACUGUGCGUGAUUGGCAGGCUGCUUGGGCUGAAGGGCAGAAACCCUCCUUGACCUAGUUUUGGCUGAAAAGGGAAAUUGUGACAGGAUCCCCGAUCAGCUGGGUGGGAAUCACCGCUGAGCUGGGAAUGCAGGAGCAGGACACAGAAGGGGCCGAGGCAGAGCUGAGGGGCUGGGGCUGUACCUCAGGUGCACCGCACACGGGGAGAAGACCAGCCUAGGACAGAGCCCGUGUCGGAGCCGAGGGCUUAGGUACCGGCCCCAGGCAGCUCCUCUGGGAGGCACUGGCCUCGCUCCGGGAGGUGCAGGGCCCUGCACAGAGAGCUGACUCGCGCUUCUCAGGCACUCUGGUCCCAGCCCUUCACGGGCCAAAGGCCCCUGCAGUUCCCACCUGUUGGUAUGUCGUGUAUGAAGCAAGUGCGUGGGGCCAAGAGACCUGCCCGCAGGCUGCCCUCCUGCUGAGGUGUGCGCCCCUCACCGCAGACAGAACGUUCAGGGUCUGCAGUUGGAGGGAAGAGUGGUCCUGCCUGCUGGAGGGGCCUCAGUCGGGCCAGGAGGGUCCACAACAGCCCAUCAGCGGCCUGGGUGGGCCACGAGAGGGCUGGGGCCUCCUGUCCUUCCAGACAGCCUCUGGUUCUGGGCAGAUGUCUGUGUCCACUGCCGGAAGGCGGCACAAGUGGGCAGCGGCGCUGGGCCGAGAACAGGAGCACGUGCACACUUGAAGCUUCUCGUCCAGUUUGCAGUACGCUGUGGCCAGGCAGGGGAAGAGUGGGCAGGGAGACCCAGAGACCGUGUUGACAUGCCCCAGACAGCAGGGUGCACGGCUGGCCUGGCCACACUGUCCAGCACCAGUAGCGGCCAAAAAUCACUGCCCACGAGGAAAGUCUCUGAUAGGAAAGGUGGCCGCAAAAUAAGCAGAAACCGAGACUUGGAGAAAGCAGACGGUUCAGGGAGGAGAAGACAGGCAGGAAAGGAAAUCUGUGGUUAAUGUCCUCCGGGAGCUAAGAGAAGAUGCGUUCAGGAAACAAGAGCGUGUGGCUGUGAAGAAGCUACAUUCGGAGAAUAAAAUUAAGCUUUUGGGAAUUAAAAACAUGAUGAAAAUGGAAGGCAGAAAUGGAACAGAAAGUUGAGGAAAUCCUCCAGAAAGUAGAGCAAAAAUGCAAAUAUAUGGAAAAUAGGAGAGAAAAGAAUUAGCAGGCUAGGCCAUGAAGCCAGCAUUCGAAUAAGACAACCUGGAAAGAACGAACGGAGAGAGUGGAGUGGGGGAGUCGUGCAAUAAUCCCCGAACCUGCCCUGCAGCAGGAGCUGUUCCUGAUGGAGAGGCCCUCCAGGCACUGCACCAGGAAGACUUUGCAGGGGGGUGGGCAGGGAUGGUCCAAGGGGAGGCUGAGGAAAUAGGGUGGCCUUGCCUUCUCUCGCUCAAGCGAGAGCGCCAGAAAGCUCCAGUGGAAGGCACCCUCUGAGAAUCAGAACCCUGCCCAGAUGCUACUUGAGCAGGAGGUAAAGGCUCUUGUGGAGAAGCCACGAUCAGGAAGGGUGCGGUCCCACAUGGGGCCGAGGGAGCCCCAGGGUGUGCGGCAAGAGAUGUGGAGGUCGCCUUGGUGACUCGUGCCUGGAGAGCCAAGGAGACUCAAACCGCAGUGGUCGGUUACUCUGGGAAACAAAGCUGCUCAUGGACGGAGUGGGUGGGCUCUGGCAGCGUGGGUCUGGAGGGAUGGACGGGAAGGACUGGCCCUGUCCUUGCGGGGAGUAGGUGAGGAACAUCGUGGACACGUUAUUUAUCGAGAGAUAGAUCAAACCCCAUGUUUGCUUCUGGAGCAAGGGAGAUUGGGCGGCGGAGGGUGUGUGAGAAGUGCCCUUUACUUUAUGCCUGUGUGUGUGCCUGAUGAAACACUCAAGCCUAGUAACAGGUCCGGGGGUGGGUUUCUGCUUCUGGCCAUAUGGUAGCCUGUUACCCUGAAAGACCUUCCCACGCAAAAUACCUAGGAUCCCUGAUCAGUUUGACCAACAGCCUGACUGAACAGCUCAAGGAGGCAAAAGAGUGGGGGGACGAAGGGGCCGUGGAGGAGUAGGGGCUUGAGAGAGGAGCUGAGGGUUCUCGGGGCACCUGCAGCCCCGGUUUUAGCAGCCGUGUGGCAGGGAGGGGACCAGAGCCCACCUCGCCAGACCCUCCAGGGGCCCAUCCUCAGUGGAAGGGCUGCCCAUGACACAGAAACCUUCCCCCAGGAGGUAGUUUUCUUUCAGAAUUUCUUUAUGUUCUGUCUUGAGCACGUGUGAACAUGGCUGCCCUCCUGUAGAUGGAGGGCUAGGGUUAGUCUUUCUGCUGGGCUGCAAAGCCCAGGCUAAGAAAUUAGCCUUACAAGUGGACCAGGUUUGAGUUGUGAGCUGGGGCAAGUAAAGACCCCCGGGGCAGCUGCUGCAGCCCCUGCCUGGGCGCCGGGCUCUGCCCUCGGGAGGCCCGGCCGGGAGCCGCCGCCUCUCCGGGCCAUUGCAUCCUCAUCUCCCCCUCCACUGCCCAGGCCCCGUGGCCAGGGCCUGGCCUCCGACUCUCCUUCGUGGCCUCAUCGUCUCCCCUGACCCAGGGUCCAGGUCCUGCUGACCACUCGCAGGUCUGCAGCAAAGCGAGUCCCCAGGCUUACCUGCCUGGUAUCCACAGCACAGUCCCUUCCACAGACACAGACCCCCAGGCCAGCGCUCCCCACCCUUGGCACCCCGCCACCGUGCCCCCAGGUCUUCUUCCUACACGUGUCCUGGGGGGCCCACGCCUGCCCAGCACAGCGGCCCUUGAAAGCGUGUGGCACGCAUCUCUGUGAGGGGAGAGGUGGGCACAGCAGACUGGAGUGGGCCAGGCGUGGUGGCCUGGGGGCAUUUUGGGGAGGUUGGUGCCUGUACUGGUUUCCUUGGACCACCUCAACGACAGACCACAAAUUGGGGGGGUUAAAACAACAGAAAUGUGUUCUUUACGGCUCAGGAGGCCAGGAUUCCGAGAGCAGGGUGUUGACAGGGCCGUGCGCCCUCUGCGGCUCUGGAGAGAAACCUUCCAGGCCCCCUGGUGUCUGGAGGUGCCCGUGCAUCCUGGCGCGUUGGCUCGAGGCUGCAGCAGUGCAGCUCUGCCUCCGUUGUCCCCGCAUGUCUGUCUCUCUUCUUGUGAGGACACGGUCCUGUUGGAGUUGCCCGCCCCACACUGUGACCUCGUCUUGACUCUUUGCAUCUGCAAAGACCCUAUUUCCGAGAAAGGUCACGUUCUGAGCUUCUGCGAAGCACGCGAGUUGGGGGACCCUUCACGCCCGCACAGCGCUUUGGUCCCGAGCUUGGCCGGGUGCUCUGGAGCGUGUCUCGCAGGCAGCAUGGCAUGUUAGAAGGGGCAGGUGUCGCGCGGAAGCUGUGUGGCCAUGGGCCGGCCGCCGCUUACCGCGUGGGUCGCCACAGCUCUGCAGCGCUUUAGCGAGAGCACCCUGGAGUACCUGGCCGACCUGGACCAGGCCCCCGACCCCACGGUCAGGAAGGAUGCCUUCGCCACUGACAUCUUCAGCGCCUACGACAUCCUCUUCCACCACUGGCUGCAGAGCCGGGAAGCCAAGCUGCGGCUCGCUGUGGUGGAGGCCCUGGGGCCCAUGAGCCACCUGCUGCCCAGCGAGAAGCUGGAGGAGCAGCUCCCCAAGCUGCUGCCUGGAGUCCUCGGCCUCUACAAGAAGCACGCCGAGACUGUCCACGUGUCCAGGAGCCUGGGCCAGAUCCUCGAGGCGGCAGCGAGUGUGGGCAGCCGCACGCUGGACGUCCAGCUUGACUCACUCCUGGCUGCCCUGCACGCUCAGAUCUGCGUGCCCGUGGAGUCCUCGAGCCCUCUGGUGAUGAGCAACCAGAAGGAGGUGCUGCGCUGCUUCACGGUGCUGGCCUGCUGCUCGCCUGACCGCCUGCUGGCCUUCCUGCUGCCCAAGCUGGACACCAGCAACGAGAGGACCCGUGUGGGCACCCUCCAGGUCGUGAGGCACAUCAUCAACUCGGCCGCUGCGCAGAUGGAAGUCAAGCAACCCUUUAUUCUCUCCUCCAUGAAGCUUCCUCUUCUGGACAACAACAGCAAGGUGAAGCGGGCCGUGGUGCAGGUGAUCAGUGCCAUGGCCCAUCACGGCUACCUGGAGCAGCCUGGAGGCGAGGCCAUGAUCGAGUACAUCGUGCAGCAGUGCGCGCUGCCCCCCGAGGCGGAGCCUCAGAAGCUGGGCGCCAACAGCGAGGCCCUGGCGGCAGACAGCGUGCGGGCCAUCAGUGUCAGCACCCUCUACCUGGUCAGCACCACUGUGGACAGGAUGGGCGACGUCCUCUGGCCAUACCUGUUCGAGUUCCUCGUCCCCGUGCGCUUCACCGGGGCGCUGACCCCGCUCUGCAGGAGCCUCGUGCACCUGGCCCAGAAGAGGCAGGAGGCGGGGGCCCACGCCCUCCUCAUUCAGUACAACGGCAACGUGACCCUUCCAUCUCCCUACGCCAUGGCCACCAGGCUCCUGGCUGUGUCUUCCAGCCCCUACCUGGGGGACGGUCGCGGGGCCGCCUCGCUGCGCCUCCUGAGCGUCCUUCACCGGGACAUCCACCCUAUGCUGGGUCAGCGGUGGGCGACCGCCAUCCCCCUGCUGCUGGAGCACCUGGACGGAUAUACGGAGGAAACCCUGUCGCGGAAGGAAUGGGAGGAGAAGCUGCUGAUGUUCCUUCGCGACACUCUAGCUGUUGUGUCUGACAACACGUGGAUUUGCCAGCUGAGCCUGGAGAUGUGCAAGCAACUGCCCAGCUACAACGGGACGCCCCUGGAGAAGAACUUCCUGUAUAAAUGCAUAGGAACUACGCUGGGUGCUGCUUCAAGUAAGGAGGUGGUGAGAAAGCAUCUACAGGAGCUGCUGGAAACCGCCAGAUACCAGGAGGAGAGCGAGCGUGAGGGCCUUGCCUGUUGCUUUGGGAUCUGUGCCAGCUCCCACCUGGAUGACACCCUGGCCCAGCUGGAGGACUUUGUAAAGUCAGAUGUGUUCAGAAAAUCCGCCGGCAUUUUCAACAUUUUUAAGGAUCGGAGUGAGAACGAGGUGGAGAAAGUGAAGAGCGCGCUGAUCCUGUGUUACGGGCACGUGGCAGCGCGGGCCCCCCGCGAGCUGCUGCUGGCCAGGGUGGAGUCGGACAUCUUCCGGAACAUGUCCCAGUGCUUCAGUACCAAGGUUCUGGGGAUAAAGGUAGAGACCAAGGACCUGGGCCUGAGGCUGUGCCUCGCGCAGAGCGUUUGCAUGGCCAGCCAGGCCGUCCGCAGCAGCUCCCACGGCAGCUCCUUCCAGCUCCUGAGGAAGCCGGAGCUGGUGGCACAGAUGAUGGAGUUCAUCAAGGCCGAGCCCUCGGACUCCCUGAGGACGCCCAUGCGGAAGAAGGCCAUGCUCGCCUGCACUUACCUGGCCUCCCUGGAGCCGGCGCUGGAGGGGCAGGCGCAGGCGGACCUGAUCCACAGCUGCCUGCACAGCAUUAUGGCCGUGCUGCCUGAGCCCGAGGGGGUGGAUGGCCACCAGGAGCCACUGUACCUGGACACCAUGCAGGCCCUCAAGGACUUACUGACAAGCCUCCUUCAGCGAAACAUGACCCCCCAGGGCCUGCAGGUCAUGGUGGAGCACCUGAGCCCAUGGAUCAAGUCCCCGAGGGGCCACGAGCGGGUGCGGGCACUUGGCCUGAGCGCCUGCCUGCUGCAGCACUUCCUGAAACACCUGCACAUCAGCGCCCUGGUGCCCUUCCACAACCUGGGCCUCCUCCUCGGCCUCUUCUCCCCACGGUGCGCGGACCUAUGGCCUGCCACCCGCCAGGAGGCUGUGAGCUGUGUCUACUCCCUGCUCUACCUCCAGCUGGGCUACGAGGGCUUCUCCCGCGAUUAUCAGGACGAUGUGGUUGAGCAGCUCCUCACCCUCAAGGACGGCCUGGAGCACCCUGACCCCGCCAUCCUCUUCCACACCUGCCACAGCGUAGCCCAGAUUAUUGGCAAGCGCCUCCCGCCAGAUCAGCUCAUCAGCCUCUUGCUAACGCUGUUUGAGGGCCUGGGAGACCCCGACCAGAACUGUUCCCGAGCCGCUACAGUGAUCGUCAACUGCCUGCUGAAGGAGCGGGGCCACGUGCUCCUGGAGAAGGUGCCCGAGAUCGUGAGUGUGCUGCGCUCCAAGCUGCAGGAGACCCACGGGGAGCACGUCCUGCAGGCCGCACAGCACAGCGUGUACGUCCUGGCGGCCCGGCACCACGCCGCCGUGGUGUCCAGCCUUCUGGGCAGCCCCCUCCCCUUUGACAGGUCACGCCUGUCAGCGUCUGCCGCUGUCACCUCUCCCGGCCCGUCACUGUCAGCCUUUCUUUGCCCUCGCAGUUUAGCUCUGCUCACCCCUGGGCCGCCUGACUGCAGGCCACUGGGUCAGAGGAAGGGCCACACCUGCACCCUGUGGAGGGCGCUGGCCGUGGAGCCCGGCCUCGCCACACAGGUCCUGGGGCUGCUCCUGGAGAAGAUGAGCGGGGACGUGCCGUUCAAGGAGAGCCGGGCCUUCCUGCUGAGCAGCGCACCCGACCGCGUGGCCACCCUGCUGCCCCUUGCGGCCACCUGUGCGCUGUACGAGGUUGCGUCUGCCCCGGCAUCUGGGCCGGCGGUGCUGGAGCUCUACCCCCAGCUGUUCGCGGCACUGCUGCUGCGGGUCAGCUGCACCGUGGGUGUCCAGCUGCCCAGGAACCUGCAGGCCAAGGAGAGGAAGAGCGCCAGCUCAGGCCUGGCCUCACGGAGCCUCGAACCCUGCAGCUCCGCAGUGGAUGCGCUGCAGGCCGUGCUUCUCCGAGGCGGCAACGAUGACGUGGUGCAGCGCAUGGAACUGGAGGGGGGCUGGCAGCUGCUCAGGACCUCGGCCGGGCACGAGGAAGGGGUCACCCGGCUGGCCAGCGCCAUGGCCAAGUUCGCGGGCCCCCGGCUGCCCCUGAUGAUGAAGGCGCUCUUCGCCACACAGAGCAGCGUGUACGAGAUGCAGAGGGUCAGCUCCACAGCCUUCCUGGCCGAGCUGCUUAGCAGCAACACGGCGAACGACCUGAUGCUCCUGGAGUCCCUGCUGGACAACCUGCUGGCGCGGCAGAAGGACACGUGUGCCCGUGUGCGGAGACUGGCGCUCCGGGGCCUGGCCAACGUUGCCUCGGGCUCCCCGGAUAAGGUGAGGGGCUGGCCAGCCCUCUGGGGCCCUGUCCGCGGGAGAGAGACGGCAGAGCUGCAGCCAGUGAGGAGACCCAGGUGUGUGUGGCAUCCCCAGGUACGGGCCCACGGCCCCCAACUCCUGACGGCCAUGAUUGGUGGGCUGGACGACGGUGAUGACCCGCACAGCCUGGUGGCCCUGGAGGCCAUGGUGGGCCUCGCGAGGCUGCUGGACCUGGUGGAGGCCUGGGACCUGCGCUCGGUGCUGCUGCACGUUGCCAUCCGCAUCCGGCCCUUCUUCGACAGUGAAAAGGUGGAGUUCCGUUCUGCGUCCAUCCGCCUCUUCGGGCACCUCAACAAAGCCUGCCAGGGGGAGUGCGAGGACGUCUUCCUGGAGCAGCUUGUUGGCGGGCUCGCGCCCCUGCUGCUGCACCUGCAGGACCCCCAGCCCCCAGUGGCUGCUGCCUGCAGGUUCGCUUUGCGCAUGUGCGGCCCCAACCUGGAGUGUGAGGAGCUGGCAGCCAUCUUCCAGAAGCACCUGCAGGAGGGCCGGGGCCUGCACUUCGGAGAGUUCCUCAACACCACCUGCAAGCACCUGAUGCACCACUUCCCCGACCUGCUGGGCCGCCUGCUGAGCACCAGCCUGUUCUACUUCAAGAGCAGCUGGGAGGACAUCCGUGCCGCGGCCCCCAUGCUCACAGGGUUCCUGGCGCUGCACGUGGAGGCUGAGCGCCGGCCGCAGGUGGACCUGGAACAGCUCCUGGCGGCGCUCCAGCUCCUGCUCAAGGACCCGGCCCCCGCGGUGCGCGUGAAAGCUGCGGAGACUCUGGGCCGCCUGGUGAAGUUCGCCUGAGGCUCCCGUGGCAGCGCUGCCCCUACACGCAAUACCGGCCUUGCCGGCCCGAACCGAACCUCCGAGAUGGGGCCCUAAGGAGCCCCCUGCCCGAGGGGAGCCCCCAGGCCCACACAGCAAGGGAGGGCCGGGGCCACGAGGGUGGGCAAGUCGCUGUCCCCCCCCCCCCCAAUAAAGCCAUUUGCUGCUCA